AUGUUUCACACUGGUCCAAAGCGAGAGGAACCAAAUGCCCCCAAACCAUUAUCCUGCUUCCUGAUUGGCUCAUCAUUAUUCUCCUCUGCGUUCGCUCUCACAGAAGGACGAGAGGUGAGCGAGGAGGCCGCGGGGUUAAGUGGAGCUGACCCCGACCUGCAGAGGACUGAGCUACAGUCUAUAGUGUGUCCUGGGUCCCACCCGACUCUGGUCCCUCGCCACCUGCCCAAGAUGGUGGCUCCUCUGUUUGGCUCGUGUGGAGGUCUCACAGAUGGUUUGAAGCUGACGCAGAGAGACUUCGACAGCUGA